AUGGAGGAAGAGAAAGAAGCAAAAACCAAGGAGGACUCUAAAAAUAAAGAAAAUAAUGAAAUUGAAGAAAAGAUAUUAAGGGAGAUUCUAUUGAAGAAGAGAAUAAAGGUAGUAAUGAAACAGAGAAUGAAGAAGAUGAAAGAAGUUGAUUCUCAAAUGAGUCAAGCUGUAAUACAGGAAACCAAAGAGGAAGAUACUCAAAAUAAACAAGCUGAAGUAGAUGUUACCAAGACUAUUGCAGAGGAUACCAUAGAUGAAGUUGAAGGAAGCAAAAACAAGAAUCUUGAGACUGAUUUAGAAAUUUAUGUUGAGAACAACAAUAAACACAAUUCUAGCACAAUCAUGGCAAGUCCCACCACCACUCCUCUUUUGAUCUUCUGUAAUUUCCUACUUCUGCUGCUGCUGCCAUUGUCAUCUUCAACCAAUAUCAUAACUAUAGGCUCAUCACUCUUAGCCAACAACAAUAACUCUUAUUGGACCUCACCAUCAGGAGACUUCGCCUUCGGUUUCCAAAACAUUAAUGGACCCGCCGCCGGCUAUCUUCUCUCCAUCUGGUUCAACAAAAUCCCCCACAAAACCAUCGUUUGGUCAGCCAACCCACAAACACCCGCCCCCGAAGGUUCCAAAAUCGAGCUCACAAAUCACACUUUCCAACUUACAAAUCCCAACGGCUCUCAGAUUUGGCUCGCCGAGCUUGCAGGAAACAACCUAAGCCACGCCGCCAUACUCGACUCCGGCAAUUUCCUCAUCCUAAUUGACUCCACCACUUUAUGGCAGAGUUUCGACCACCCGACCGACACGAUCUUGCCCUCUCAGACACUUUCCCAAGGAACAAGACUCGUUGCCCGUUUAUUCGAUACAAAUUUCUCUAACGGUCGAUUUCAGCUUGACAUGCAAACUGACGGAAAUCUAGUUCUUUACACAAGAAGGUAUCCAAUGGACGAUGUUUAUUCAGCUUACUGGUCAAGUAAUUCCGUUGGCAGCGGCUUCCAAUUGAUUUACAGCCAAACAGGGUAUAUCUAUCUAACUGAUAGAAAUGGAAAAGUGCUGAAUCUUUUCCUAUCAAGCAACAACAUAAACUCAACCCAUCUUUAUUUAAGAACAAUUCUUGACUAUGAUGGAGUUCUACGCCAAUAUGGCUACCCGAAAUCCACUGGGCAGACCAUGAAUUGGAGGGUGUUGUCAUUCAUUCCUUCGGAUAUAUGCACGAGCAUAAUCCAGGAAAACGGGCCAGGGGCAUGCGGUUACAACAGCUUUUGUUCGGUCGGAGUUGAUCGAAGACCCAAGUGUGAGUGCCCAGACGGGUAUAAGGCGUUUGAUGUAAACGAUCCGUUGAGCGGCUGCAAACCUGACUUUGUUAAGCAGGAUUGUGAGGCGGAGGGAGGAGAGUCUUAUAAAUUUGGGUUUGUUGAUUUGGUUAACACAGAUUGGCCAUUGAACGAUUACGAGUUUUAUAUUCGGGUGACUGAGGAUUGGUGCCGAGAGGUUUGUUUGAGUGAUUGUUAUUGUGAUGUUGCGAUUUAUAGAGAUGGUAGUUGUUGGAAGAAGAGGAGCCCUGUUUCUAAUGGGAGAGCUAACCCUUCUGUUGGUGGAAAAGCUCUGGAUCAUGGAAUCCUGGCUUGA